AUGUUAAUGUUAUGUGCUUCUGCAACUGAGUUGUGGACUUUGUUUGCUUGCACUCUUGGACUAUUAUACAAGGAGGGUAACCGGGUUCUAAAAUCUUCUCUUUAUUUUCAGGCGAUAAUGUUGUAUCUCAUAUUGCAAGGUCUUGCCCCACUUAAGGAAGUUUAUGCUCUCUUUUAUGCAGAUUCCAAGACUUUGAAAGAAGAAAAGCGGGAAGAACUAUUUGAAAAUUUAAAGGCUGAUGAAUCGAUUGGAUGGGCUGUUGAUGUCAUCGAUCCAAGGGAGCUUUCAGCUAAAAUGUUAAAGAAAAUUAAAAUAAAUCUUAAUGAAAUAUCGCAUGAUUCCGCCAUUGGCCUCGUCAGUAGGGUGCUGAACAUUGGAGUUCUUCUAACUGAGGUAUUUCAGAUUUACGUGGAUACUGUAGGAGAUCCAGAAAAGUACAGAAUUAAGUUAUCUGAAAGAUUUCCAGCUAUCAAAUUUGUGGUUGCAAAGAAAGCUGACAGUCUUUAUCCAGUUGUAAGUGGAGCAAGCAUAGUUGCGAAGGUCACAAGGGAUCAAGCGCUGCGAGAUUGGGUGCUUGAUGAAACUGCUGAAAACAUGCACAGGAACUUCGGAUCGGGAUAUCCUGGAGAUUUGACGGCUGCUGAAUCCAUUACACAGUUUUAUUGCAUGGAGAAUGGAAGUUGUCCAUUACACAACUGUUUCGCUGGAGAAUGGAAGUUGUCCAUUACACAACUGUUUUGCAGGGAGAAUGGAAAUAGUGACCCCUUCAGGACCGUUACGGACAUGACCAGACUGGAGAUUACCACCAACAGCCUGGCUCCCUGCUGCCUCACGACAAUCAACACAUAUCCCAAGCUAACCAUUUCCUGA